CUUCAAAAUCCAAAUCCCUCCGCCGCCGCCACCUCCCGCGCUCUCGUCUCUCCGCCAGGAACCUCCCCGGUUCGGAAUCCUCCCAAGCUAGGGCUUCUCCUCCUCCGCCCGGAUUCCCCACCUCGCCACGGCCACCGCCUCCGCCUCCGCGUCGCCGGCUCCCAUUCCGCUCCAGCCCGGAUCGCCGCCUCCCGGUUCGCUUCCCCGGCCCGAUCGCCGCCCCUCGACUCCGCAACCCGCCCUCCGCCGCGUCCCUUCCGUAUAUGCAGCCAUGGCGGCGGUGGGAGUUGAGGAGGCGCCGGCGCAGGUGGAUGGAGCCGCUGCUGCGGUGGCCGUCGGGCUCCGGUUCUACCAUCUCGGCCACAAGGGCAUCAAGACCAUGGGAACUCUUAAGCUUCAUGGCCCCAUGCCUCCUCCGCCUCCCCGAGGCGAUGCCGACGCCGACGUCACCUUCAUGGACGACGGAGGUGUGGACCAUUCUCAGCUGGGGAUGGGCAUGUACGUGGCGCUCUUCCAAGGAGGAGAGAUCAAGGAUCUCGCACGUCUCUCCUCCUUGGAGGGACAGCCGGUGGCCGAGAUGGAAGAGGUGCUGGAAGGGAAGUCAAGGACGUCCAGUGAGGAGGUGGAGAAAGGGGAAGAUGAGGAGGAAGAAGAGGAGGAGGAGGUGGAGGAGGAUCUCUACACUGUUCAAGUCCGAAUAUGGCCAGGGGAUUCGCAUGCGGUGUUUAUACUCUUCGAUGAUGGUCUUUGGACAUUGACAAGAGCAUACAACCUGUCGUGGUUAAGGCAAUAUGAAACGAAGGAGUUUCUGUCAAUGAUAUUGAAGGAUGCCAAUGAAAUUGGAUCUACUGUUGUGCCUUCCUUCAAUUUCUCUAGAAGCUUGAGUAGUCAACUUGACUUUGAGGGCCAAUUGGAUCUAGACGACUAUGUAUUUUCGGAAAUGAACCCAAGAAUUUGUGAUUUUGGAGAUGGACAGCCUAUUGGUGAUGGGGCCACUUGCGGCGUGCAACGCUUCUUUUAUCAGGACGCUUAUGGAAACAAUGCUCAAUGUGCUAUAAAAGUAAUCAAAUUAACAGAAAAAUAUGAGCCUGCAGCAGUGAUGGAUAACAAGGAGCCCAGGGAGGUUGCGAUCUUGUCCUCUUUUAGAGACCCACAUGUUCCAGCUUUUUACCAGGCUUGGGUUUCAGCUGGAUAUUUCAAGAUGUAUCUAAAGGACAAAGGGAGUUUGAAUGAUGAAUUAAUUGGCACAGAUGAUGAUGAGGAUGAGGAUAAGGAUGAUGAAUUGAAGGACCUUCUUUUCAUUCAAAUGGAGUACUGUACAAGUACUGUUUGGGAUAUUUUGUUUCGUGGAGAACGUCAAAUAACUGUGGAACAGUCAUGGGAACUUUUUGAGAAAAUCGUCGAAGCUGUUAAACGUAUUCACCUAAAGGGCGUUAUCCAUCGGGACCUGAAGCCGGGAAACAUUUUUAUUGGUCCAUCUGGGGCAGUUAAGAUUGGGGACUUCGGUCAUGCGUGUUGGGCAAAGAAUUAUAUCGCUGGUCAAGUAGGGACUCCAAACUGUGGAACUGAUCUGUAUGCAGCACCCGAACUUGAAGAUGGACAUAUUACUGAAAAGGUUGAUAUCUAUAGCAUUGGUGUGAUAUUUGUAGACAUAUUUCAUCCUUUUAAAAGUGGUCACGAGAGAUUUUCUGCUUUGAGGAACCUGAAAAAGAGUAUAUACCCAACAGAUUGGGUGGGUGAUACUGAACUUUUGAAGAAACUUACUGCCUUUUGCCCAUCAGAACGCCCAUCGGCAAAUGAUGUAUUGGGAUACAUUAGCAAUACACUUAAAAGGGGGAACAUUUUGGUACAUCCUGGGCAAUGUCGCGACGCCAUGUCAGCUGGCAGCACCACGCUGACAGCAGAGCUACAAGAGGAGGACAAGGAAAACAUGAUACAAGGGGCUGAUCUGAUGCAAGCUGCUGCUCAUGUUGUGCCUCAUACUAUUCCCACUCGAGGAACGAUUCCUGGCACUAUUCCUCUUCUACUUGAUCCUGGGAUCACGUCAUCUGCUGAAGAUGGUGAUAAUGCUACCAAUGAUCAGGACAGACGAACAUGAAGCAUGAUUAGGAGAGGGGGUCUCAAGGAUUCUGAUGCUGCUUAUGUUGGCUGCUUUGUGAUAGUUAUAUGGUAGUCUCUCACUCUAUCAGGUCUUCAGUCCUUGAUCUAGGUUAUGAGCUGUGGUAGCACUCUUGCUUUGUCUUUCUAUGUCUGAACUCUCUUUGGUUCCUAGUUUCUUGUCCAACCUGUAAAACCGAACAAAAUUUUGUCUUGCAUUCUUGUAACUUGAAGGAGGCGGUCUAGGAUUUCUACCAGCUAGCACAAUAACGCUUGGUAUUUCUCUAUAUCAAAGGUAUUGUUCUGUACAUUUGCUUGUUGAUUGUCCGAAGUUGGUCAACUUCACUUGGUUUUAAGGGUCUAUGGAUGGAAAUUAAGAACCAUCUAUGAUCAUUACUAUCUUUCUUCUGGAAAAAGGCAUGCUGCC